AUGUCCCAAUCUACUGCUGCUCCCAACAAGGCCGCCGAGGUCGGAUGGCUCUUUGUGCCGCAGUACUAUACGUUGAUGAACAGCGAUCCGUCGCGCCUUCAUUGCUUCUACACGAAGAAGAGCACCAUGGUCCAUGCAUCAGAAAAUGAAGACGCGACGCCCAAUGUCGGUCAGCAGGAUAUUCAUGCCAAGAUCGAGUCGCUGGGUUUCGAGAACACCAAGGUGUAUGUCUCGAAUGUCGACAGCCAGUCGUCGGCGGACGGUGGGAUCGUGAUCCAGGUGCUGGGCGAGAUGUCGAACAAGAACGGCCCGUGGCGUCGGUUCGUGCAGACGUUUUUCCUGGCCGAGCAGCCGAACGGUUACUAUGUACUGAACGAUAUCUUCCGCUACCUCAAGGACGAGUCGGAGGACGUGGAGCCUACCGAGGCAGAGCCUGUGGCCGUGGCCGAAGGCGCUGCGCCGCCUGCGGACGUGCCGGUACCGAGCGUGAAGGAGGAGGUGCCGUCCGGUGUGAAGGAGCCUGUGCCCACGCCGGCUGUCAAGAGCGAGGCGCCGAUCUCCAGUGCCAUUCCCUCGGAAGACGUCAGCAAAGCUGUGGAGGUGGCCGCGGCCGCUACGGACUCGACUGCUAGCGCGCCUGCCGCCGCGAAGGGCACCAAGGGCCACCAUGCCAAGACGGAGACUUCGGCGCCGGCCAAGCCCGCGGCGCCCAAGACGUGGGCGAACCUCGCUGCGAGCGGCGCCAACCGCUGGGGCACCGCGGCCAGUGCCUCGGAGGCGUCGUCGUCGUCGCCCUCCUCUACCGCUGCUGCUACUGCUGCUGCUGCGCCGGCCAAGUCGGCCGCUACGUCAGGCAAGGGCGGCAAGGCGGGGGCGGCGUCCCACGGCCCCCACCAUGGCGCGGCGACCGGCCAUGUGUUUGUGAAGAACGUGCCUGUGCCUCAGGUCUCGCAGGAUGAGCUGCGCAAGGCGCUGGAGACGCAGUUCGGCCCUAUGAAAGAGUGCCAGCUGAACACGACCAAGGGCUUUGCGUUUGUCGAGUUCACGCAGCCGGACGCUGCACGUCGCGCUGUGGCGGCCAGCAACGAGCAGGGCGUCAAGGUCGGCCAGGCUACAAUCGUGAUUGAGAAGCGCCGCCCUACAGCCGAGCGGGGUCAUCACCAUGGCCGGGGCGGCAGUGGCCGUGGCAGCGGCCGUGGCGGUCAGCACCACCAGACUCAUGCAUAA